AAAAAGUUGUGUUCACAAUAACAAGUUGUUUAAAAAAUUGAACAAUUUUUCCCAAUUUUCGAAUCUCUUUGCUCUUUGAGUAUUAACAAUGGCUGUCAGUGCUAAGGAACUUUUCCGGAAUCAACACCGACUUAUCGGUUUUAUUCGUCAAAAUAUUCGAUUAUGCAGCAAACAAUCUUACAAAACUGCACAAGCAUCACAAAAAGUUGACGAUGAUGAUGGUUUUCAAAUAACAACGAUAUCAUCUAAAUAUGAAACAAUUCCAGCACCAAUUACACAUGACGAUGAUGUUGGCCAACAAUUUUCGGCAAAAGACUUAAGUGUUAGAUUGGCAGCACCACAACAACUUCAACCAAAACCAGAUGCAGAUGAUUUAGGUUUUGGUAAACAUUUUACAGAUCAUAUGUUAAGAUGUGAAUACCAUCGGAGUUUGGGUGGUUGGCAGAAACCAGAAAUCACACGAUUGGAAAAUUUAGUUUUACAUCCAGCUGCCAAAGUUUUGCACUAUGCUGUUGAGCUUUUUGAAGGUAUGAAAGCCUAUCGAGGUGUGGAUGGUAAAAUACGAUUGUUUCGUCCCGAUAUGAACAUGAAUCGUAUGAAUUUAACAGCUAAACGUUCCGGCUUACCAACAUUUGAAGGUAUUGAAUUUAUUAAAUGCAUGGCUCGAUUAAUAUCCAUUGAUCAAGAAUGGGUUCCACAUUCAGAGGCAGCUAGUUUAUAUAUUCGUCCAACAAUGAUUGGUAUUGAUCCAACCUUAGGUGUUGCAUCUUCAGACUCUGCGUUGUUAUAUUCAAUUUUGUGUCCUGUUGGAAGUUAUUUCAGUGGAACCAAUGUUGGGGUGUCGUUGUUAGCCGAUCCAAGAUAUACAAGGGCAUGGCCAGGUGGUGUUGGUGAUCGUAAAAUGGGUUCAAAUUAUGCACCCACAAUAAAUGUACAAAAAGAAGCUGCCGCUAAAGGCUUACAACAAGUUUUAUGGCUAUAUGGUGAGGAUCAUCAGCUAACUGAAGUUGGAACAAUGAAUAUUUUCAUGUGUUUCAUAAACGAUCAAGGAGAAAAAGAAUUAGUUACACCUCCAUUGAAUGGUCUAAUCUUGCCUGGCAUAACCAGAGACUCAAUUUUAACACUAGCACGUCAGUGGGGUAAAUUGAAAGUUAGCGAAAAUACCUUCACAAUGCCAAUGGUUUGUGAUCUUCUUAACAAAGGACGAUUGCUUGAACUUUUCGGAGCUGGAACUGCUUGCGUGGUUAGCCCAAUAAAUCGAAUAAGCUAUCUUGGCCAAGACUUAUUCAUUCCAACUCUGGAACAAGAGAAACCAGUUUUUGAAAAAAUGCGUGAUACUCUCCGAGAUAUUCAGUAUGGAAAAAUCGAACAUCCUUGGGCGAUUAAAAUUGAUUAGUUUAUUAGUCAUCUAAAUACCGAAAAGAAUCUAUAACAACUGUAAUGGGAUUUUAAGCCGAAUUGAUGAAUAAGCCCCAACAGAUCUUUUUUUCAAACUACGAAUCUGGAUACUUACUUUCUGAAGCCUUGACUCGAAACGCAAAUAGAUUUUGCAUUUAUUUAUUUAGUGACAUAAAUAUAGUUAAAUGAAGGAUUGUUUAAGCAUAAUAGUUUUUAAGCAUAUUAUUUAUUUCUUUAAUAGUUUAAUUUAGAAUUAGUUUCUAUUACUGCGAAUUUAAGAAUUUUGAAAACUAUGUAAAUAUGUACAAUAUUUAAAGUAUAAGCUAAAAAUAUUGUUUUUUGUUUUUUUGAAACAACUAGAAAAAAGUGGAAUAUUUUGUUUAAACAAAUAUGGUUGUGAAGAAAAUACUUUCUCGUUCCAUUGAGAAUUGAUUUCAAGUUUUUAUUUCCAUAAAAUUUAUGGUACUUAUAUUAUAAUAAAAAAAUAAAAAUUUUAUUGUUUAAAAUAAGAGAAUAAAUUUAUAAAGUCUCGCUGAAAAUUGGUGUGUGGUUUUUUCUUGGGAAUAUGAUAAAGACAUUUUUUUUUACUUAGAAUCGGAGAGAGCUUCCAAUAUCUAUUGUUAAGUAUACACUUUCAAUAGAUGGCAGAGGAAUUUUUAUGGAUUUUAUUUUUAUCUAUUAGAUAUCAUAAAUAUUAGUUUUUAAGGUCUGAAAAAUAAAAGACAAACACUUAACACAAAAUAAAAACGUACCAGAGUUAUGUGCAUUUAUUAAUUUUAAAUUUAUGUUUAUUUAAUUUACUUAAGAAAAUGUAUAGUUAUAUGGAAAAAUAAAAAGCAAUAAUGA